AUGCCCUUAUUUGCACUCAUCCUCCACCAUUUCUCUUCCUACGACCACAAUCGCCUUAAUCCCAUCACCGCUGCCGUCGACCUAUUCCGCCGUGAAUUCAACCGUCAAAUCAUCCACAAAUGCCCUGUCCUCGUUUACUCCGCCGUGAAAGACCACAAAAUAGGUAAAGCCACAUUUGAAUGUGCUGUUUGCUUGAAUGAGUUUCAACACAAUGAUAAAAUAAGGUUGUUGCCAAAAUGUUACCAUAUUUUUCACCAAGAUUGUAUUGAUGUUUGGUUAUUAUCUCAUAUGAAUUGUCCUGUAUGUCGUUCCAAACUCACCCCUGAUGUCCCCGACGCUGCAAUCCCUAUCGAUGCCGCGACGGAAUCAACGGAGCAACAACAAGAAGAGAGCAACACUGUUGAUGAAGAGAUUUUCCAUUCACGGGAAUUGAGAAUUUUGGACAAGUAUCCUUUCCCGAGGUCACAUUCAACGGGACAUUUUUUAGCGGAAAAUGAGGAGAAAGUAGAUAGGUACAUAUUGUGA